AUGUACAAAUGGUCACGUAAUUUCAAAUUCCUCAUUUACAGGUACACCUUCCUGUUGUUCAAGGCGCUCUCUCAAUGUGAAACGGCCGGAGUUUGUCAUGGGGAUUUAAAAUCUCAAAAUGUGUUGAUCUCUUCCACGGAUUGGCUUCAAAUCACCGAUUUUGCACCAUUCAAACCAUGUUUCCUCACUCAUGACAAUCCAUCUUCAUUCACAUUUUUCUUUGACACAAGUCGUCGACAAAGCUGUUAUAUUGCACCCGAACGAUUCAUAUCUGCAACAGAAUACGACGAAAAACUAAAAGAUGGACAGGAAGAGUGGCUUUUUGGAUCAUUGACUCCAAAAAUGGAUAUGUUCUCAGCUGGGUGUAUCGUGUUUGAGCUUCUCUGUGAUCGACCUCCGUUCACUUAUAGCUCACUUUGUGAAUAUCGAUCAAUGAAUGAUAAUGAUGCAGCUAAUAUGUUAUUAAGAUUAGUUCAAGACGUCCCAGUGCCAUAUCGGGCUCUUCUCCGUCUUUUGCUCAACCGUGAUCCAUCAUUCAGAAUAUCAGCGAAUGCUGUGCUUACAGGAGCCGCGUUGAAGUUCCCCCACAUUCUUGAAUCAUUUCUUUUCCGAUAUCUCGAUCGAUUCCGUCCACUUUACGGCGCCUCAACCUCUACUGAUCCAUCAACAGACGAUUUCAGUCAAGCACUCGAAUUUUCGUAUUUGGAACCGGAUGAUAUCAUUAGCAAGUUAAAACGAGAAAAACAAUUGUGGUGGGCUAGAUUAUCGGAAAGUGAAGAGUCGAAGUCGUUCGCAUUUCUCUUUGUCUCACUGAUUACUGCAAAUUUGAGAGCUUUGAGAACAAUCCAGGCAAAAACAGAUGCGAUUCGGAUGCUUGUCGAGCUUUCAACUAUAUCAGAUUCAAGAGUAGCCAUUGAUCGUAUUCUUCCAUAUUUUGUGCAUCUUUGGUCAGAUCCAGAGACCCAGGUUCGAGCAACCGCAGUGACUGCCGCCGCGGAACUUCUCAAUCCAAUUCAACCGAAAACUUAUGAAGAAUCUCUCGUUUUUGUUGAUUACCUCUUCCCUAUGCUGAACUCAAUGUCAAAUGAUUCAGUAGAUUGUCCUCAACACGUUUUGUUCGCAAUCGCCACUUCUCUCGGUCAAUUCGCUGAUACUGCCUACCGAUUCUAUACUGUCGGCCGUGAAAUUCGACAGGCUACGCCGUAUGACGAUGAGGUCUCAACAACAGGAGAUCCACAACAAAACGAUGAUGCUGGUGCUCUUCUUCAUGGUGUCUCUGCAAUGUUUUCAGCAUUGUGUAGUAAAGAUCCGAUGGUGAAAAGGUGUUUAGUGGAGAGCAAGUCGCUCAUUCUUCUCUACCAUUUCUUCAUUAAAAUAGGAAACGACGAUACACUUCUCCGGUUUCUUUGCACGUUUUUGAAUGCUAAAACUGAAUGGAGGUUACGAGCAGCUUUCUUCGAUUCUCUUCCUGUUUGUGUUCAAAAGAGAAGCGAAGGAAUGGUCCCUCUUCUGCAAUUAGGUCUUCAAGACUGUGAAGAGCAUGUUGUCACACGAGCACUCGGAUGCAUUCAUAUUCUUAUCAAAAAUGAGAACUUGGAUCGGUUAUCUGUAAAAAAGUUGCUCGAUGAUGUUCUCCCAUUUUUAGUGCAUCCGAAUGAUUGGAUACGAUCAGCCGUUUGUGAUAUACUUCUCGCUAUCAAUUCUCAAUGGCAUAAGGCUGAAGUUCAUGUGAAACUUAUUCCAUUAGUGAGCCCAUACAUUGAGGAAUCGAAGCGAAGAAUACUGACGCUGAGAAGCAAAGCAGUACUUAUGAGCCAACUUACCGGUCCAAUUCCACGUGUCACAUUCAAUCAGAUUCUAGAAUUAAGUUUGGAAAAUACGAAGCAGUUAACUACACUUUUAGAAAUACAUUUCCAAUCGGGAAAACCAUUUGAAGCACAAGCUUCAUGGUUUAACACCAUUUUCCCGAAAAUUAAAACAGAAAACAAGACGGGAGUUGUGGAGCAUAAUGACUUGAAGGCGGCUUUGGAAACACGAAAACGACUGACAAUGUCUGUUCAUUCAUUCAGAAAACUUUUCGAACGAAUGGCGGAGACAAGGAAUACAGCCGGAAUGGAAACCUUCUUGACUCGUCAACUGGGAACAAUCGAUCUCUCCUCAACUGCUCACAGCCGAGUUCGUCGGAAAGAGUUCACUUACGGUGGCGAUGAUUCUGCGAUGACUGGAAAUUCGAAACCAACUACUCAUAUUAAUAUUCCGAAUCAUUCCACAGAGAGACGUGAUACAUUGUUACUUGGAGGUGAAGUCGUUUUUGAAGAAGAGCGGACGGUGACAAAUGCGCCUACGCCUUAUUCUUCAGUAAAAAGCUCCACUUUCGACAAUCAAGUGAACGAAAUGCUCGCACAUCUCAACGAAUUACACAUGAAGAAUGUGAAUAGUCGACCUAAAAGACCAUUGGCACCAAGUGCAAGUCAUCCGAUUCUGAGUGCAUCAGCUUCUGGAGGUUCUCUGGGCGGAUCAUCCGGACAUGUAAAAGGAACAAUUAUCACACAUCUUCACGAGCAUUCUGGCAAGAUUACAAAACUUUCUGCGAAUCGCGACGGAGAUUUCUUCCUCAGUGGAUCAGGCGAUGGGACUGUAAAAGUUUGGAAAACACGCGCAGUUCUUGGAGAAGGAUAUGGUGCUGCUAGAAGUGAAGACACAUGGAUUCCAUCUGAUUUAAAUCGAGAACACGUUUAUGCUGUUGGAUGGAACGAUCAGUAUGCGUGCUCCGCGACACAUGACGGAUAUGUUCGAUGGGCUGAUGUCGGACAAGGACCUGCUCGUGUUGUGACACAAGUUAAGAUUCCUGAAUCAGAAGGAGCACCCGUAUAUCUGCAUUGCAAUGGACCAAUGACAGUUGUUAGAACACAUCACGGAGUACUGUAUGGAAUUGAUUUGCGAGUCGGAUCGUCUGAAGGACCACUGAAACGGCAUGAUAUCUGGAGAAAGAAGUUCCAGGAGACACAUGGUCUUGUCACUUCUUCAGCUAUUGAUCCAUGGCAACAGAGCUGGAUGGUUAUUGGAAAUAAUUCGAAUAGGAAGAAUCUUAUGCUCUAUGAUCUCCGAUUCCGUGAAGAAGUUCUCCGCUGGGAAUCACCUCAUCUCAACGUUCAACCACUUGUAGUAUGGGCGAAUCCAGUGUCUCGACAAGAAUGUCCGGAAGUAUUCGUUGGUUUCUCAAUGCAUGGUGAAGUGAGCUCAUACGAGUUGGGAGCACAGCCACUCCGAAAACGUGUCUUCUGGACUGGAGGAACACCGAUUUUGAGUUACAAUGAUACAUCGAACGAUCCAAGAAAACAGGAAACACUCGUCACUCGUGCUCUUUGCGUUUGUGAGAAAACUGGUGUUGUCUAUACUGGAGACACACGUGGAGCUAUUCGAAAAUGGAAUCCAUCGAGAGCUCUCGGUUGUGAAAUUCUCUCUUCGCCGCCUAAAGGAAGAUCAGCGUAUCGAACGAUUUUCGAGGAAAAUGAUAUUUCGAAUACACCUUCUGGAACAUCGACUGAUCCAUUAGUGAUUUAUGAGAGAAACGUUUUAGACACGGAAGCGAAGGAAAAUCAGAAAAUUGUGCCUUUGGAUUCUAAGCCAUCCACAUAUCAUCGAACACCUAUCACUGACAUGAUGCUACUCAACUCGGAACUUCUAGUCUCUUCUGGCUACGACGGUGUUAUCAAAAUCUGGAAAUAA